CCAGCCGCGCAUCUCCAGCGCAGACGGAUCCCGAGACCCGCCCCUCCCGGAGGCUCUGACCAUUCUGUGCGCCCCGGGCAAUAUGAUUGACAAGGCAAUCGUCCGGUGCGUUACCGAAACCGAUCUCUCCGGAAACAGCGUCCCGAUCCUUCCGGGUCCGCGCUCUCCCAGCAUCCUUUGCUUUCCGGCCGUCGCGGUCCCGACCGGCCAGUCCCGCCCUGCGCGCCCAUUUCGAUCCGGAGUAUCGGGCUCCAGUUUCCAGGCUCGGAAUUUUCUAGGGCCGGGUGCUUGGGCGGUGGCUAUGGGGGCAGGAAUGGCGCAGCUGGAGGGUUACUAUUUCUCGGCUGCUCUGAGCUGCACCUUUCUCGUGUCUUGCCUCCUCUUCUCCGCCUUCAGCCGGGCACUGCGGGAGCCCUACAUGGACGAGAUCUUCCACCUGCCGCAGGCGCAGCGCUACUGCGAGGGCCAUUUCUCCCUUUCGCAGUGGGAUCCCAUGAUUACUACGCUACCUGGCUUAUACCUGGUUUCAGUUGGAGUGGUCAAACCUGCCAGCUGGAUCUUUGGAUGGUCUGAACAUGUUGUCUGCUCCAUUGGGAUGCUCAGAUUUGUAAAUCUUCUCUUCAGUGUUGGCAACUUCUAUUUAUUAUAUUUACUUUUCCGCAAGGUACAACCCAGAAACAAGGCUGCCUCAAGUAUCCAGAGAAUCUUGUCAACAUUAACACUAGCAGUAUUUCCCACGCUUUAUUUUUUUAAUUUCCUUUAUUAUACAGAAGCAGGAUCCAUGUUUUUUACACUUUUUGCAUAUUUGAUGUGUCUUUAUGGAAAUCAUAAAACUUCGGCCUUGUUUGGAUUUUGUGGCUUCAUGUUUCGUCAGACAAACAUCAUCUGGGCUGUCUUCUGCGCAGGAAAUGUCAUUGCACACAAGUUAACUGAAGCUUGGAAAACGGAGCUACAAAAGAAGAAAGAAGAACGACUUCCCCCUAUUAAAGGACCAUUUUCAGAAUUUAGAAGAAUUUUUCAGUUUCUUUUGGCUUAUUCCAUGUCUUUUAAGAACUUGAGUAUGCUUUUCCUUUUGACUUGGCCCUAUGUCCUUUUGGUGUUUCUCUUUUGUGCUUUUGUAGUAGUUAAUGGUGGAAUUGUUAUUGGUGAUCGCAGUAGUCAUGAAGCCUGUCUUCAUUUUCCUCAGCUGUUCUACUUUUUUUCGUUUACUCUCUUUUUUUCCUUUCCUCACUUACUGUCUCCUAGCAAAAUUAAGACUUUUCUUUGUUUAGUUUGGAAACGUCGAAUUCAUUUUUUUGUGAUUACCUUAGUCUCUGUAUUUUUAGUUUGGAAAUUCACUUAUGCUCAUAAAUACUUGCUAGCAGACAAUAGACAUUAUACAUUCUAUGUGUGGAAAAGAGUCUUUCAAAGAUAUGAAACUGUGAAAUAUUUGUUAGUUCCGGUCUAUAUAUUUGCUGGUUGGAGUAUGGCUGACUCAUUGAAAUCGAAAUCGAUUUUUUGGAAUUUAAUGUUUUUCCUAUGCUUACUCACUGUUAUAGUUCCUCAGAAACUGCUAGAAUUCCGUUACUUCAUCUUACCUUAUGUUCUUUAUAGGCUUAACAUACCUCUGCCACCCAUAUCCAGACUUGUUUGCGAAUUGGGUUGCUAUGCAGUUGUUAAUUUUCUGACUUUUUAUAUCUUUCUGAACAAGACUUUUCAGUGGCCAAAUAGUCAGGACAUUCAAAGGUUUAUGUGGUAAUGUCAGGAAUAUUUUGAACUCUAAAAGUAGACUUAAUGGUUAUACCGUUUCCACAAUAAACAACUGAACAGGCAGAAAUUAUGGAGUUUAUUUAGGUACAGUAGUGAUCCUCAGAUCACAUUAAGUUUUAUAUGUAUAUUUUAACCAUAGAAAAUAAAUCCAAGAAUAACUUUGGAAAGUGGUAAAGAACUGAGAAAAUUUAGGACUUUCUUCAAAAGCCUGAAUAACAGAAACAUAAAAUUGUUUAUAAAUA